AUGCCUCCAACUCAUAAAAGACAGAAGCGUGUUGCAAUGGGCGAACCCCCUGCAAAUUCACAGAGUCUGCAACACGAGCUGGAAAUAAUGCAAGGUGAAGUUGAGGCGGUAGAAGUUCGACGUUCUACAACUGAUAGAUGCGAGACCAUCAAAUAUCGGCCAACAUACAGGGCUGUUCUUGCAAAAAAGGGGCUUCUGGUCAAGCAAACGCUCGGGAGUGGCAGCUAUUCCAAGGUCAAGUUCGCACUCUGUUUGACCGGUAACACGAUUAAGACGGCAGUCAAAAUUGUAGACCGCAACAAGGCCCCGAAAGAUUUUCAACAGCGGUUCCUGCCCAGAGAAAUCAAAAUAUGGCCACUGUUGAACCAUCCUAACAUCGUCAAACUCCUGGAUAUCUUCGAGGAUUCCCGUCGGGUGUACAUGGUGUUAGAGUAUGGAGAAAACGGUGACGUACUUCGUUAUAUCCAGCGCACGGGGGCCAUCAAAGAAGGCAUGGCUAGAAACUGGACCAGACAAAUUUGUGAGGCUGUACGCUAUCUCCACGAACAAAACAUCACCCACCGGGACCUCAAGCUUGAAAACCUGCUCCUGGAUAACAACUAUAACAUUAAGAUUUGUGAUUUUGGAUUCGUCAAAGAAGACCCAGCCCGAGAAUUGAGUAAGACCUACUGUGGUUCCAAGUCGUACGCCGCUCCGGAGAUUUUGAAAGGCGAGCCGUACGACACCCAGAAAGCAGACAUUUGGGCCGUAGGUGUGAUUCUGUACAUUUUUGUCACUGGUAAAAUGCCUUUUGAUGAAAGCAAAGGUAACCAUGGAGUCUUGGAGGAACAUAGAAAGUUAAACUUCCCUUGGCAUAAAAUCAAAAAGAACGUGUCGGAAGAAUGCAGGGCUCUCAUCCUAUGGUGCUUCAAAUACGAUUUCUCGGAGCGGCCGGACAUUUACGAUGUUCUUGGCUGUCUGUGGUUCAAAAUGGGGAUAAUGGUGGAAAAUCCCGAAAACGCAGGAAUCGAAGGAUCAAAGCCCAUCACGGAAAAGGCUGAGACAACCGAAAGGCAACCGGAGAGUCCCAAGCAGCCGGCUUAAUUUGAUACGCCCUUUACCUAAUGAUAUGCUGCGCAUGUCCAUAUAGCAUGUUGUAUAUAGCUUAUUUAUGAACUGUUAUCUACCUCGCAUGUGUAUUUCGAUAUAUAUUUUUAUUUAUUUAGGACAUAUUUAAGGUUUUAUAGGUUUGUAUAUCCAUAAGUUUUUUAUAAAAUGUACUAACAUUUCUUUUUCUAAUGUACUAACAUGUGUAUAGCUCAUGCUUGUGAUUUAAUUAUAUGCAUAAUAAAAUAUUUUGAGAUAACUGUAUUCUCAUUUUGUA